AUGGAAGAUGAGAGGGAUUGGGGUCCAAAGCCUUUCAGAUUCUUGAAUGCCUGGACCCUUCAUCCUUAUUUCAAAUCCUUUGUGGACAAAAUUUGGAAGGAAACUCUUGUAGAUGGCUGGGCUGGUUUUCAGUGCUUAAGAAAACUUAAAUCCCUUAGAAUAGCACUAAAACAAUGGAAUCAGGAAGUGUUUGGAAAUGUGGAUUAUAAUCUCAAGCUCUUGGAGGAGGAAUAUAGCGAUCCUGAUUUUCCCUCCAUUGGGCAUUACAAGGAAUUACAUAUUCUUGAUCUGGCAGCUGAGGAAAGGCCGCUGUUUGAGGCAGAGUUGAAUAGAAGAAGAGAGGCUAAAGAAGAAGCAUGGAAGCUAAGUACAAUGGUGGAGUGGGUAUGUAGACCAAGUUUAUCUGGCCCUUUUAAAUCCAUUAGAGGAGAUGAGGUUAGAGCUGCUUUAGAAGCGGAGUUUUUAGAAUCAGAAGUGAUAGCAGCAGUUAAAACCUGUGAUGGAAAUAAGGCUCCAAGUCCUGAUAGGUUCAACUUGAUGUUGUUUCAGAAGUGCUGGCAGUCAAUAAAAGGGGAUGUGAUGCAGUUUAUGAGUGAGUUUCAUCAAAACUCUAAACUAGUGCAUGGAAUUAAUAGUUCUUUUGUUGCGUUGAUUCCUAAAAAUGAUAAUCCUUCUUGCCUCGGUGAAUACAGGCCUAUUAGUCUCAUUGGUUCGCUUUACAAAGUGCUUGCAAAAGUUUUAUCUAAUAGAAUCAAACAUAUAAUGCCAAGGAUUAUUAGUGAAUCUCAAUCAGCUUUUAUAGGAGGUAGAAGUAUCUUGGAUGGAGUGUUGAUUGCAAAUGAAAUUGUUGAUGGUUGGAAGAAGAAUAAGAGGAAAGAUAUUGUUUUGAAGUUGGAUUUUGAGAAAGCAUGCGAUUCAAUUAAUUGGGAAUUUCUUUUCUCUAUGCUUGCAAAUUUUGGGUUUGGUUCUAAAUGGAUUAAGUGGAUGCAAGAAUGUGUCUCAUCAGCAAAAAUCUCCAUUGUGGUUAAUGGAUCUCCGACAUCUGAAUUUAGUCCUCAAAGGGGGCUUAGGCAAGGUGAUCCAUUAUCACCUUUUCAAUUUAAUAUUGUGGCAGAGGGCUUGAACAUUUUAAUGACCAGAGCUAGGCUGAUGGGCUUGAUUAAAGGUGCAGUGGUUGGUUCAAAUGAUCUCAGUAUAACUCAUUUGCAGUUUGCGGAUGACACAAUAAUUUUUUGUGAAGCAGAAAGGGAGGAGGUUCUUACUGUUAAAAGGAUUUUGAGGUGCUUUGAAAUAGUAUCUGGGCUGAAGAUUAAUUAUUAUAAGAGUGUAGUGUGUGGAAUUGGGCUUUCUGAUGAGCUAUCUAAAGAAUAUGUUUCCAUGUUGAAUUGUUUUCAUCAAAGUUUGCCUUUAAAUUAUUUGGGUAUGCCCUUGGGGGAUAACCCAAGGAGAAGACGGACUUGGAAACCAAUAAUUGAUAAAGUUAACCAGAAGUUGGCUUCUUGGAAAAGGAGGUUCUUAUCUUUUGCUAGUAGGAUGACAAUGAUAAAGUCUGUGUUAUCAUCCUUACCAACAUAUUAUCUAUCCUUGUUCAAGAUGCCUGAAGGGGUUGCUAAGGAGAUUGAUAAAAUCCAGUCUAGAUUUUUAUGGGGAGGUGAUGCUCUAAGAAGAAAAAUUCAUCUAGUAAAAUGGGGGGAAGUAACGCAAAGCAAAAGUACUGGGGGUUUAGGAAUAAGAAAAGUGAGGCUUAUGAAUGCUUGUCUUCUUUUGAAGUGGUGGUGGAGAUUUGGAUCUUGUCUUCUUUUGAAGUGGUGGUGGAGAUUUGGAUCUGAUACUGAUGCUCUCUGGAAACAAGUGAUUUGCAGCAAAUAUGGCGAGGUUGAAGGGGGUUGGUGGCCUCUACCUAUUGAGGGUCCAAGGUUAUCUCUGGUCUGGAGAUAUAUCCAGGGGAUUGCUGCUUAUUGGCCUCAGUUGGUGGAAUUCUUCAAAAAUAAUAUCUUCCUUAUUGUUGGUAAUGGAAGGAACAUCAAGUUCUGGCUUCAUAAUUGGGUUGGUAAUGUAUGUCUCAAAGAUGAAUUUCCAAGACUAUAUUUUGUGUCCCUCGACAAAGAUGAAUCUGUGGAAAUGUGGGAAUUAGAAGAAUUAAAGAGACUGAGAAUAAUACUUCUUAAUGCUCCAUCUAUUCGGGAUGGGAUGGUGGAUAGGUUGAAAUGGAAUGCAGAAAAUUCUAGGGUUUUUACUGUGGCUUUUGCCUAUAAGUGGAGUGCAGCAUCUGUUGAAGCUAGUACUAACUUAGUAGGGUGUAUAUGGAAGAAUUUGGCCCCACCUAAGGUGCAGUUUUUUGGGUGGUUAGCAUGGAAAGAGAGAAUUAAGACAGCCAGCUAUCUUCAAAGACUAGGUGUCCUUACUGCUACUUCAGACAUUAAUUGUAUUUUCUGCAAGGAUAAAGUAGAAGAUAUAAAUCAUUGGUGGACUGGAUUAAAACUAAAAAAAAAGGAGUUACCCAUUUGGAAAGCUAUACCAUUGGCGGUGUUUUGGUCUAUUUGGAAGCAGAGGAAUGAAAGCAUUUUUAAGGGCUUGCAGGUGAAUUUUGAAGGGCUAUGUGAUUCAAUCAAGGCUGCUGUUGCUACUGGUAUUGCUGUGUUGUCUUCCUGUUGCUACUGCUGGAAUGGUGUGGCAAUGUUGUUGAAAGGCUACUAUAAUUGGGUCUGCAUCUGGGUUAUCAUUAGUGUGUCAGCAUCAGCUCCACUUCAAUGGUGUAUGGUUUGCACUCAACCAUCUUUGCACUGCUGGGCUGCUGUUGCUACUGGAGGCCAAAAGACUUGUUUCUCUGUUGCGGAGCAAAUUCAAGCACAAACUCAGAUUUGGGUAGAUGCUAGUGUAUUGGCUGGGAGGGUAUGGUGGGGGUAUGCUGCUGGGAAGCAGAGGGCAGUUUAG